AUGGCAGAAGUGAAGGUCAUAGGUAGUUGGAUAAGCCCUUUUAGCGCAAGAGUUGAGGUCGCUCUUAAACUCAAGGGAGUUGAGUAUGAAUUCAUACAAGAAGAUCUCUCCAACAAGAGCCCCUUGCUUCUCAAAUCCAACCCUGUGCACAAGAAAGUUCCUGUGCUCUUGCACAACGGAAACCCAAUAGCUGAGUCUCUUGUCAUUCUCGAGUAUAUCGACGACACCUUUCCGGGCACUCCCAUUUUGCCCAAAGAUCCUUACGAGAGAGCCUUGGCUCGUUUCUGGGCUAAGUUCAUAGACGACAAGGUGUUGCCUGCAACGAUGAAAGUACGGUCUACCAAAGGCGAGGAGCUAGAGAAGGUAAAAGAGGAAGUUUGUGAGCUUCUGAAAAUUCUGGACAAUGAAUUGAAGAAGAAGAAGUUCUUGGGAGGGGAGACGAUCGGACUUGCAGAUAUAGCCGGAAAUUUCAUUGCCUUAUGGGCUGGAGUUGUGGAAGAAGUUAUGGGGGUGGAAUUGGGAGUGACGGAAGAAAAAUUCCCUCAUUUAUGUCGGUGGAAGAAGGAUUUCUUGAACAGCGACGUAAUCAAGGAGACCUUUGCUCCUAGAGAUAAACUUGUUGCCUACUUCACUGAGCGAUUCAAGCCGGCGAAAACUUCUGAGUAAGCUUUUGUGUUUUUUUU